AUGAAAGCGUCAACUCGCUCUGUUUUGGGCAUCAAUACUGAGAAAACUACAAACUGCGGUAAUGAAGUCUUCCACGAAGGAGGGAGCUCCCGCAGUGUCCACCCAGCCCUCACUGUGUCCACCCAGCCUCAAAGUGUCCACCAGCCCCACAGUGUCCACCCAGACCCCAGAGUGUACACCAGCCCCACAGUGUCCACCCAGACCCCACAGUGUACACCAGCCCCCACAGUGUCCACCCAGCCGCUGCAGUGUACACCCAGCCCCCACAGUGUCCACCCAGCCCCACAGUGCCCACCCAGCCCCACAGUGUCCAAUCAGCCCCCACAGUGUCCAAUCAGCCCCCACAGUGUCCACCCAGCACCCACAGUGUACACAAGCCCCACAGUGUCCACCCAGCCCCCACAGUGUCCAAUCAGCCCCCACAGUGUCCACCCAGACCACAGUGUACACCAGCCCCCACAGUGUCCACCCAGCCGCUGCAGUACACCCAGCCCCACAGUGUCCACCCAGCCCCCACAUUGUCCACCCAGCCCCACAGUGUCUACCCAGCCCCCACAUUGUCCAAUCAGCCCCCACAGUGUCCAAUCAGCCCCCACAGUGUCCACCCAGCACCCACAGUGUCCAUCCAGCUCCCACAGUGUCCAAUCAGCCCCACAGUUUCCACCAGCCCCACAGUGUCCACCUAGCCCCCACAGUGUCCACCCAGCCUCUACAGUGUCAACUAGCCCACAGUUUCACCCAGCCCCACAGUGCCAGCCAGCCCCACAGUGUCCACCACCCCUCACAGUGUCCACGCCCCACAGUGUCCCCAGCCCCAAUGUCACCCAGCCUCUAGUGUCACCCAGCCCCCACAGUGUCCACCCAGCCCACAGUGUCCACCCAGCCCCCACAGUGUCCACCCAGCCUCCAUAG